GUGGGGCCGGGCACUUCUGACGCUGCAGGUUCGCGGCGCUGGAGGCAGGGGAGAGCCUGCGAGGGCGGCGCGGCGGCAGAGCAAUGCGACCCAGGUCCGCUGGCAGCUCAAACUCGCUCGCGGCUCUGCUGCUUCGGUCACAGUGCGGCCGAGCGCACCUUGCAGCGCUAGGAGCCGGGCAGCCCCUGGCUGGGCUUCCCACAGCGCCGCGGCCCGGGGCGAGCUCGCUGCGCAGGAAUCACGGAGCGCGGCGGCAUGUGGCUCUCCCUGCUCCUCCUCAGCCAAGGCAUUCUUUAUAAUUGCUGUGAAGCAUACAACGUUGGGCUCCCAGGAUCAAAAUUGUUUUCUGGUCCUUCAAGUGAGCAGUUUGGAUAUGUAGUUCAACAGUUUAUAAAUCAACAAGGCAAAUGGCUGAUUGUUGGCUCGCCAUGGAGUGGGUAUCCAGCAAACAGAAUGGGAGAUGUCUACGCAUGUCCUGUUGGCUCAUUUGAACCCACAUGUAAAAAACUGAAUUUGCAAACUUUAACAAGCAUCCCAAAUGUUACUGAGAUAAAGGAACAGAUGAACCUUGGUUUGACCCUAAUAAGAAACUCAAAAACUGGAGGAUUUUUGACUUGUGGUCCCUUGUGGGCUCAGCAGUGUGGAAGUCAGUACUAUGCAACAGGAGUCUGUUCUGAAAUCAGUCCAAGUUUCCAGAUCUUAAGAAGCUUUUCACCUGCUCUUCAAAACUGUUCCUCCUUCAUAGAUGUUGUUGUUGUGUGUGAUGAGUCAAACAGCAUUUAUCCCUGGUCUGCAGUGAGUGCAUUUUUGAAAAAAUUUGCCCAAGGCUUAGAUAUAGGCCCCACAAAAACUCAGGUGGGCUUAAUUCAAUAUGGUAAUGAGCCAAGGGUAGUGUUCAACUUGAGUACCUACAAAACAAAAGAUGGUGUUGUUGAGGCAAUGUCACAGACCUAUCAAAAAGGAGGAGACUUAACUAAUACUUUCAAAGCAAUUGACUAUGCAAGACGUCAUGCUUUUUCGCCUGAAUCUGGUGGACGGCCCACAGCCACAAAAGUAAUGGUCGUUGUGACAGAUGGUGAAUCACAUGAUGGCUCACGUUUGAAUGAAGUGAUAACUCAAUGCAAUGAAGACAAAAUAACCAGAUUCGGCAUAGCUGUUUUGGGAUACUUAAUCAGAAAUGAACUCGAUACUAAAAAUUUAAUUAAAGAAAUCAAAGGAAUUGCUAGUCUUCCAACCACAAAGUAUUUUUUUAAUGUGUCAUCUGAGGCCGCACUUUUGGAGGAAGCAGGAACGCUGGGAGAACGCAUUUUUAGCAUAGAAGGUACAGAUCAAGGUGAUACAUUCCAAAUGGAAAUGUCACAAGUGGGCUUCAGUGCAUAUUACUCACAAAGAAAGGAUGUUUUGAUGUUAGGUGCUGUUGGGGCUUAUGACUGGAGUGGGACUGUAGUUCAGGAGACCUCAAACCAAGUGACUACAUUCCCUAGUCAAGUGUUUGAAAAAAUUCUUCAAGACAGAAACCAUAGCUCAUAUUUAGGUUAUUCUGUUGCUGUUAUCUCAACUCAGAACGCUGUCUAUUUUGUUGCUGGUGCACCAAGAUCCAACUAUACUGGCAGAGUAGUGGUUUAUGACAUUGAUAGCCAUGGCAGAGUCACAGUUGUUCAAUCUCAAAGAGGGGAUCAGAUUGGCUCCUACUUUGGCAGUGUGGUAUGUGCAGUGGAUGUUAACAGAGAUUCAGUUACAGAUGUGCUUCUAGUAGGUGCACCAAUGUUCAUGAAUGACCUAAAGAAAGAAGAGGGAAGAGUUUAUGUGUUUUCCAUCACAAAGGGAAUUUUGGAUCAACAAGAAUUCUUAGAAGGCCCGCAAGGGUUAGAAGAUGCUCGGUUUGGAUCUGCUAUUGCAAACCUUUCAGAUAUUGAUUUGGAUGGUUUUAAUGAUGUGAUAGUAGGUGCACCUUUAGAAAAUGAGAACUGUGGAGCAGUUUACAUUUACAAUGGCAAUCUAAGGACAAUACGUACCAAAUAUUCACAGAAAAUUUUAGGUUCAGAUUCUGCUUUUGGACAGCAACUCCAGUACUUUGGAAGAUCAUUAGAUGGCCAGAGAGACUUAAAUGAAGAUAAUAUUACUGAUGUAUCCGUUGGUGCGGAUGGAAAUGUGGUUCAGCUCUGGGCACAAAGCAUUGCAAAUGUGUCCAUAAGAGCUUCAUUUAUUCCUGAGAAAAUCAGUCUCCUGAAUAAGAACACAGAGAUAACUGUCAAAAUAUGUUUCAUUGCCAAGUUUAGACCUGCUCAUAGAAUUGACCAAGUGGAUCUCAGAUACAAUGCAACAUUGGAUGCUGAUCUCCAGUCAUCUAGAGUGACUUCUAGGGGAUUAUUUAAAGAAAAUAAUGAGAGAUAUAUGCAGAAAAAUAUUGUUGUGAGUUCUGCAGAGACCUGUGUUGAGCAUAUCUUUAAUGUACAGGAGCCUUCUGAUGCUGUAAAUUCCCUGAGUCUGCGCAUUGAUAUUAGCCUUAAGAAUCCUGGCACAAAUCCUGUCCUCGAUAUAUACUCUCCUGCCACUGUGGCAUACAGUAUCCCUUUCAUUAAAGACUGUGGUGAGGAUGAACUCUGCAUUUCUGAUCUUGUUCUUGAGGUUCAACAGAAAAUGGAUGAUGGCAAACAGCCUUUUAUUGUCAGUAGCAAGAACAGGAGGCUAACAUUCACUGUGAAGCUGAGGAACAAAAAGGAAAAUGCCUACAACACCAGAAUCCAGGCUACAUUUUCAGAAAACUUGUUUUUCGCUUCAUCAUCUUUACCAGCUGAUGGGACUGAAGUCUCAUGUCAGAUGGUCACGGGCCAUAAAUCAGUCAUUUGCCAAGUCAGCUAUCCUGUUUUUAAAGUGGGACAACAGGUAUCUUUUGAUAUUAAUUUUGAUUUUAAUCUAAAAAAUCUUCAGGAUAUGGCAAAUAUAAGUUUUCAUGCGAUGAGUGAAAGUAAUGAAGAGCGAGAAGCAGACAACCAGGUUUAUCUGUCAAUUCCUUUGCGGUAUGAUGCAGAAAUCCACUUAACAAGGCUUACCAGCAUAAAUUUCUAUGAAGUAUUCUCUGUUAGUAAUAUUCCUUUCACUGUGAAUAAUUUGGAAGAGAUUGGUCCUGCAUUCAAUUUUUCAGUGAAGAUUACAAUGGGAAGCAUUCCAGUAAAGGUGGCUUCUGUAAAAAUCCAUUUGCCAGCGUUGACUAAAGAAAAAAAUCCUCUGAUGUAUCUAACUGCACUGGAUACAGAUCAGACUGGAGGGGUCAGUUGUGAUGCAAAGAUUAAUCCAUUGCAAAUAGGAAAAACAUCUCAUUCCACAUCUUUCAAGAAAGAAAACUUCAGAGCUGCAAAAGAACUGAACUGCAAGAACACUCACUGUAAUACAAUCACGUGCAGUCUGAAAGACCUCACACUGAAAGGAGAAUAUUUUGUAAAUGUGUCUACCAGAAUCUGGAAUAGGACCUUUUCAGCUUCAACUUUCCAGAUGGUACAGCUGACAGCAUAUGCAGAAAUUGAUACACAUAACCCAGAAUUAUUUGUAAUUGGAGAGAAUAUUCUAACUAUCCCAGUGACAAUAAUGAAGCCUGAGGAGAAAGCAGAGGUACCAACUGGAGUUGUAAUAGGAAGUAUACUGGCAGGACUCCUGUUGCUGUUAGCACUGGUUGCUGUUUUAUGGAAGCUUGGCUUCUUCAAGAGAAAAUAUGAAAAAAUGUCAAAGGAUAUAGAAGAUAUUGAUGAAAUUACAGAACUCACAAAGGACAAAGAUUGAAGACAAUGGUGGUGGGAAUGCCAACUUAACCCUCUAAGCCAUAAGCAAUGCCUGUGGUCCAAUCAGAUCUUCAGCUGGAGUGCCUUAAAGUUCAACAACUGUUAAGCUUGGUUUUUAAUGAAUGAAAAUGCUUUUUUAAGGAUGAAAAUAUUUUACAGAUUCUUCUGUAUUUUAAGAGUAACUGCUGGUCAGUUUUUUAUACAAAUAAUUCAUAGUGCGUUUUUUGGUAUAUUUUUGCCUUUGGAACAGGCAGGUCUGGGGUAUGCACAUUGCAACAGGAAUACCACUCCUAUUCCAUAAAGAGCAAAAUAGAGUAACUGUUUUCAGAUUAUUCUGGAACAGUAUCAGUCCAAGGUAAUAGGCUCCUCCGUUCUGAUAAGAAUGAGUUUUUCUACUAAUUAAAUGAUCUAGAUGAAAUCACUGCAUGAUGAUUAUUCAUUCAGGACAGGGGAAAGAAAAGGCCAGUUUACUGUUUAUUAGCUACAUUUUGAUUGCCUCACAUUUCCCAUCAAGUCUGAGUCUUAACGAAUCCAUAACAUUACAGGUCGCCCAUGUUAUAAAAUGGGCAAUGCAUCCUGAUUUGGGAAUGAAGAUUCCAGACUACACCCUAAUAUAGAAUGUCUGAAUGGGAACACUGUACCAAAGUACACCACCAUAUUCCUUUCACUAGUGACAAAAAUUAAUGUUUACACUAUAUGGCAUUUUGAAAAUACUUCUAAACGAGACAUGCUUUGUAUGUUUUGUCUCUUUUAGAGACAGAAGAUCUGAAUUUGAAUACCUGCUGUGGCUUGCUGUCGUUAUUAAGUGCUACUGUGACAGUUUUCAAAUUCUCAGUACUGUACUACAGUGGAUUUAAAUUUUACUUUUCUGAACUCUUGUCUUGUGCCAUUUUCCAUCUAACAAGGGGGAAAAAACAGGCCUAUAUUAUUAAUAAAAAUAAUUUCUUAUACUUUUAAAUGUAGAUGGCAUUUUUCUGUACUCCAAAAAAACAAUGCUGAACUACAAACCUUUAUUUGGAUUCAUAAUCCUUACUCACAAAAGUUACCCCACAGACUACAGGCAUAAGUAAGAAGAUACAAGAUUUUGCCUUAGUUCAGUAGCUGACAAUAAGAUUUGAGUGAAAGAAAAUGUGUGGUGUAAUAUAAGGCACAGGAAAAGCUAAGUAACAUGCAGCUUAUCUGACAAAGAACAGUGAAAGAUCUGUUCUAUACUGGUGCUUGUACCACACUCCUCAUCAUCAUGUCUAAGUGCCUUUCAGUGGUGCAUUAAGCAGCAUGACUAUUGUCACAUGCUGUUUGAUCUUAUAUCAUUGAAGAACUUUUAAAUAAGUAACUUGUUUUGUACAACUUAAAAUACUGUAAUGGUUUUGAAAAAAGUUUUAAGAGAUAAAAAGGAGAUUUUAUUCAGGUGGCCCUAUGUUAGGCCUUUUCAUUUACAUAGUAUUUUUCUAUUUAAGUGACCUUGAAUUAUAUACCUUUUGCUUUAACACAAAAUCUUUGAAUUGUAGGUUUUGAAAACUAAGAAUGUCCAUGUUUAAAAAACCCACACUAGGCAGGUUAGCUGAGGUAACUGAAAUUUUGGCUGCCUGACUUUCAUGACAAGCAGUUACCUCACUAGCACAUUGCCUAUUAUGAUAGGAUUUUCUUUACACAUUCUGGAUUAUAUAUAAGGUGGUUUUUGACUGAAGCAAUUAUUUGAAAGGUGUAAAAUUGUCAAAGGGACCUAAAUCCCAUUUUCAAAAGAUUCUUAUGCACUUGGUUGUUCUGUUGAUAUCCAAUUAGAUUUUAGGCAAAGAUUUUUACAAGUACCACUUUCUUCUAUGAAUGUGAAAAUCAAUGGGACCAAGGCUCCCAUAUCACUUAGAAGCUUUAUAAAAAAUUACCUGUAGCCUCCUAAGGGCCCCAAGUCACUUUUGAAAAUUGGACUUAGGCUCCUAAAUCACUUUUGCACUUUUGAAAAUGUUUUCCUAAAGCUGUUUUUCUCAGUAAUUAGUAGCCAGAUAAGGCACCAAUAUUCCUGGCUGCUUUCAGUCUAUUGAGUGUCUAUUUUAUAAGGUUUUUUAUAUUUUCAUAUUAUAUUUGAAAGUGAUAUGUUGAAAGACAAUCUGGAUCUCAAACUCAACAAUUAAAUACAGUUGCCACUAGUUGUUUGUAGCCAAACCGAGGUUUUAAAAAAGUUCUAAAUCUAAACAAUUCAUUCAGGAACAAAUUUCUGACUUGCAGUUAACCCUGGCUGCAUCGACUUGUACAUGCAACCUAAGACUGAAGAUGAAAAUUGGUCUCCUUCCUCAAUUUUUUUUUAACAACCUAAAAAAAUUAUUGCAGCCAUACUGUUCCUGCAAAAUGUUCACAUAUAAUUAGUGAAGUGUAUUCAAAAGCCAGAGGAUGGAUUUAACAAUGCAGUGCAUGGUAAAAUUUUUCAUUUCAUGUGCCUUUUGGUGGUACAUAUGAUGGAAACCAGGAAGGCUGCCAGUUUUCAUUGUCAGUCAGAAGUUAAAUAUGUAGAUGACUAUAGUACAUCCAGGGUUUUAGGUGAGGUACCAGCUUACUCAGUAGGCAGUGAGUGAUUACAUUCUCUUUUCUUGACUGGGUUUUCCAUUGUCCCAGAGGCAAUAGGAUUUUUUACUUAGCAUAGAAACAGUAUUGCUCUCAAAACUACAAGGAAAGCACAGAAUAAAUGGGCUUUUGUUCCUGUCACUUAGCCAUUUCAUGUUAAAAGUUUGAUGGGUUUGUUUGGAUUUUUAUGUGUAUUUUUUAUUACUUAGUUAAUUCCAUUUUAUGAAAAGUAAUUUUAUUGCACUUCUGGGUGCGCAUAGCUUCAAAAUAAUGCAGAAAAUGUGAUGUAUAUUUUGUAUUGUAUAGAACAGUUUGGGGGGAUAGUUUUUAAAACAGUGUUAAGAUGUUUAAUUUUAUCUCUGUGUUCUUUUGAGGUGCUGGGCUUUGAUUCUAAUCUUGCUUCUAACAGCAUAAUUCAGGAGUAACUCUGAAGAAACCAAAAAGAGUUACACCAUAUGAUACUGCUGAGAGGUCUGAAUAUGAUUGACUGAGGUUUAGACAAUAUAAGCAAAGUCCUUUGUAAAUCUCAUAAAUUCAUCUCAUAGAAGACUGAAUGCUGCCAAGAGGGAAUGUGAGAUAAAGGUUUACUACAAAUAAUCACAUACAGGACUCAGAACUAGACUGUAAACUGUGGGGCAAAGAGCAUAUGUUAUGUGCUUGUCUAUUUAUGGGCAGAGGCCCUAGAGUCCUGUUGCACAAAUGAUAAAUAUUACUGUUUUGUUACAAGUCUGAAUAUGGAAUAAGUAAUAAAAGCAGGGCUUUGAAGAGUGGAAAGUACUACUAGAAGCCAUUAUACAAGAUGCAGGUAAAUAGUUCUUUGUUACAGUAGCAGAAUCCUAAGGAUAUAAUAUUGCAAGGUGCUGUCAACUAGAAGUUGAGACUACUAAGAGGCUGGGUCUUAGCCUUACUGGCUUUAACCACUGGUGUAACAACACUGUUAAGCUGUUACUCUGGUAGAAGUCCUAGUUUGCAACGAGGCAGAUAUGUAUAUGAGGAUGUUGCACCAGUAGCUAUAUUAGUGUAGCUAGUUCCCACAUGCUCUCUCCACUCUAAAAUUACAACUUCACAACUUCUUUUCCAUCCCAUUUUGGACCAAUCUGUAGUCUUCCCUCUCCAACUUGACUGUUGAGUAAUCCUCAGACCCUAUGCUCAGCUACGUCAUUCAGUAUGGACCUAGCUUCUCCAGACUCAAGUUUUCCUGUAGUCACUGCUCACCCGUAACUAGAUUCACACAUGAUGGAAAACAGCAGUCAGUGGCAUUUCACAAACAACAUUUGGGAGAUAGGAACAACCAUUUAUGCCAACUUGGCCUGCCUCCUAGUAGUCACUGUCUUUAUGCAGCACAUCACUCCCUUAUGGGAAAUCCUCCAGUCCAUCACUCAAGAACUAGCUAGUUUCAUAAGGUUUAUCUGUCAUUCCUAAAUUGCAUAUGAAAUAUUUUACUUUCUUCUUAACAGAUUCUGGCUAUAUAAAACAACAUUCCUAGAGCAAAGAAUCAAAUGAAUUUAAAAGUACAACACUUAUACAUAAGAUGAACCAAGCCUCUUUACAUAAAGUUGCACCUUUAUACCAGUCUGGAGAUGAUGUAGAAUUAUGAAGCCUAAUUGAUUAAGCUGGGUGACUCAGUCAGUAUUACCACCCAGUUUUUGCACUUGAAAGAGCACCAAAUGAAAAUAAAGGUAAAUAAAAUCAAAUAUCAGCAAAUACCACAAGUUUAUCAAGCUAAACACUUCCCUAUUUCACUACCUUUUAAACAUAAUGAACUCUAGUAAUAUGCUGUUCUCACUGAGAAAUGCAGUUAAGAUUUAAAAUCUUCUAUGUUGACAUUUCUGCCCUCUACUAGAUGUAUAUUUUGCACUCUGAUACAGAAUGCCAUAGCACCUAAUGUGCUGGAAGGGGUUUUUGUUUAAUAAUAAAAAUAAAAGGAAACACUGCUUUAUGGGUACUUUCAAAUAAAAACUUGUUUCUGAAAAGUACAUACUGUAAUACUGUUGUAUGUGUGACUACCAGACUGACAAUCUUUACAAAACUGAGCUCAAAAUAUUUAAAUGGACAUCAGUACAUUUCUCAGGUUUUUUAAUAUAUACAUUUUACAACUAUUUGUGUUAGCUGUUUCACUCUUUUUUUCUGUCCUGUUUGUGUGGGACUUUCACAUAAUUAAUUAGAAGCAGAUUCAAAAUGUAGGUAAAUGUGUAAGCAAAACCACAAAAACUGGUAGAAUAGCUAUGUGGGAAAGGUAAUACUUUUAACUUUAAAAUAAUUCAAAGUUGGCUGUGUCCCUUUAACCAGCUAGAACUGAGUGUGUAUACUGUAUUUCACAACACAUGUUGAAUUCAGGGCAGGUGAAUGUAGAACUCAAGAUUUUGGUCCCCUAUCAUCUACCUGUAGUUGUUUCUCUACUGACAUCUACUGGAUAGAUCCUGAUCCACAUCUCCACACCAUCCAUUAUUUUGUAACAAUCUCCCAGCAUGCAACUGAUGGGUUAAAAAUCAACCUUAAACCACUUUAGAAAACAUAAGGGAAUAAUAUGAGGGCCAGAGCAACACUAAGAAGUUGCUCUAGUAUUAAGCUAUAGAUGAUUAUCUAAAGUACAUGUUUAUACUCUCAAAUAGUGCAAGUCAAGAAGUGAGAAUUAUUUUCUCUAAAGUAGUUCUGCCAUCAAAUCCUGACUCUACAAACCAACAGCUUGUGUUCUACAAAUUGUUCUCUGUGGCCUUGCAUUUUCCUGGAGAAAAACCAUCUCAGCAACAUACUAUCACAGCCAUACAGAAAAAGUGUAUGUAACCUGGCUUAAAAGAUUUUUUUCCCCCCAAUGACCACCAAGGAUUGAGUUACAUAUAGCAACAGGAGAGCUGAUGAUCUUAAUGAGCUCUCCUGGUUGCAGUUACUUACGUUGGUUGCAGUAUUUGUCUUGCUAUUUCCAGCAGUGAAUUGCACAGGUUUCUAGCACAUCACCAUAACAUAAUAUACUUUAUGGUUUAUUUGCUGCAUAAAAUAGUAUUUCCUCUCAUUAAUGUUGUUGUACUAUUUUAGCUGGGUGUCCCUUUGUCAUAUUAUGAAAUAGAGACAAAAGAACGACUGAUCAAGUUUCAAUGUUCUUCAUACGAUAUUUGAAUGGCUGUCUUUACUGUAACUCCCAUAAACUUUAACUAUAUGGCUGUGUCUACACUGGCAUGAUUUUGCGCAAAUACUUUUAACGCAAGAGUUUUUGCAUUAA